UUCACUCCGCUGUGGCGGAAGUAAGUCGUAUCGCUGAGGCCUCAUCCUUCCAAUGGCGACUGCAAACAGGCUGAAUAGAAAGCGGGAGCAACUGUGGAGGGGGUCAGAGCUGUGUUACCGAAAUUAAAUAAAUAUAUCAUAUUCUCAGUAGCCAUAAAGUUGGACUAAAAUUUGUUUCACCUCUCCAAAUCACGGCCGAUUCAAUGGCCAAAAAUCGGAACAUUUCGCUCCUUGAGUCGGAGCUCUAUUACUUGAUAUCUCGUUUUCUAACAACGGGUCCAUGUCGGAGAGCGGCUGAGGUCCUCGCGAGCGAACUAGAAGAAUAUCAGCUCUUACCGGGGAGAUUGGACUGGCUGGGAAACGAGCACCCGAGAUCAUAUGAAGAUGUGGUUGCCGCCAACAGACAUAUUGCACCAGACCAUUUGCUUCAGAUAUGUAAGCAGAUUGGACCACUUCUCGAUAAAGAGGUGCCAUCAUGUGUCCCAGGUGUACACUCUCUCCUGGGGUCUGGAAAGCAGUCAAUGCUCAGGACUGCGAAAGGCUGCGAUAAUGUGCGGUUUGAAGCUUCAUCAUAUGCAGCCCUUCACAGGGGAAGACCACCAGAGAGGCCUUUGAACUGCAAACAACCUCCACAUUUAGUGAAGGUACAUCGAGGGCGAGAGCUGACAGGAGUGCACCGCUUCAGCUCCAUCAAUCCUGUCGGAAACUAUGAGCACAUGCGGCUGCAUCGGCGGAUCCUGGGGCAUCUGUCCGCAGUGUACUGUAUCGCAUUCGAUCGCACCGGUCUCAGGAUCUUCACAGGCUCGGAUGACUGUUUGGUGAAGAUUUGGUCUUCAUUUGAUGGAAGGCUUCAUUCCACACUGCGAGGACACUCUGCAGAGAUCACAGACUUGGCAGUUAAUUAUGAAAACACACUAAUUGCCGCAGGAAGCUGUGAUAAGACCAUCCGUGUAUGGUGCCUUCGUACUUGUGCCCCUGUGGCUGUGCUACAGGGGCACAGUGGAUCCAUUACCUCCCUACAGUUCUCACCAUUUGCCAAGGGCUCAAAACGUUACAUGCUGUCCACUGGAACUGAUGCUACUGUCUGCUUCUGGCAGUGGGAUGUCAAUAAUAUCAAUUUUAGUGAUCGGCCGCAUAAAUUUACAGAAAGGCCGAGGCCAGGAAUUCAGACUGUGUGCUCUUCAUUCAGUCCAGGUGGGAUGUUCUUAGCAACAGGAAGUACUGAUGAUGUUAUCAGAAUAUACUACUUAGGAAGCGGUAGUCCAGAAAAGAUAUCAGAACUUCACGAACACACGGACAAAGUUGAUAGCAUCCAGUUUUGCCAUUCUGGGGAAAGAUUUGUGAGUGGAAGUCGAGAUGGAACAGCACGGAUCUGGAAACUCCAUCAGAGGCAGCAGUGGCGGUGCAUCCUACUCAACAUGUCUGCCACUCUUCCAGGUGCUGAAGCAAUGAGUGAAGAAGAAAGCUACUUCAAACCCAAAGUCACCAUGGUAGCGUGGGAUCGCCAUGACAAUACAGUCAUCACAGCCGUUAACAACCAUCUCCUCAAAGUGUGGAACUCCUACACAGGACAGCUGCUACAUAUCCUUAAAGGUCAUGAGGCUGAGGUGUUUGUCCUGGAGCCACAUCCCUUUGACCCCAGAAUCAUCCUGUCAGCUGGCCAUGAUGGGAAUGUGUUCAUAUGGGAUCUGCUACGAGGAACAAACACACAGCACUACUUCAACAUGAUCGAGGGCCAGGGUCAUGGAGCCGUUUUCGACUGCAAAUUCACCCCUGAUGGCCAGCGUUUCGCCUGCACAGACUCUCAUGGCCAUCUGCUCAUCUUCGGAUUCGGCAGUUCUAAGCCUUAUGAAAAGCUUCCAGACCAGGUAUUCUUCCACACAGACUACAGGCCUCUGAUCAGGGAUUCUAAUGGGUUUGUGCUGGAUGAACAGACACAGCAGGCUCCCCAUCUCAUGCCUCCACCCUUCCUAGUGGAUGUGGACGGAAACCCCCAUCCACCGAGGUACCAGCGUCUUGUUCCAGGCCGAGAGAAUAUUGCUGCUGAACACCUCGUUCCUCAACUGGGAUAUGUAGCCACCAGUGACGGGGAGGUGGUGGAGCAGGUGAUCAGCCAGCAGACUGCAGAGCAUGAGGAGGUGGCAGUAAGACGCAGCAGCCUCCUGGAUGAGGCAAUCCGUCAGCUCCAGCAGCAGCAGGACCGUCAGAGCCAGGCUGGAACAGAAGAUGAACAGGGGGGUGGAGCAGCACAAGAAGGGCAAGCUGAAGCUCAGGGCUUUGCUCUGGCACCAAGCACACCACGCAGAGUGUCUGUAAACGAUCGAGCAGAUGUGCAGUCUCCUCCUAAUGUGGGCUUGCGGCGCAGUGGGCAGGUAGAGGGUGUUCGGCAGAUGCACCAGAACGCUCCUCGCAGCCAGAUGGCUACUGAGAGGGACCUGCAGGCUUGGAGACGCAGGGUGGUGGUGCCAGAGCUUCCACCGAGCAUCUACAGGGACCAGGAGGGCAUCAGAACUUCUAGAGGAGAUGAUGAGGUCACUUUGUACAGUGCAAAGAAAAGACGCAUUAUUUACACUAGCUGUCGAGAUGAUUCAGAUGAUGAGCCUCCCACUACUAAGCGAGCUCAUGGCCGCAGCGACACUCUGGAAUUUAUCGACUUGUCAUGUGAAGAAGGAGAGGAGACUGCAAGCUCAGACGCACACACUGAGGAGAAUGAACUGGAUGGCAGUGACCUGGACUCCUCCAAUGAUGAGGAAGAGUGGAAGAGUGAUAGCUCAAGUCAUACGUCCAGUGAGUACUCAGAUUGGACAGCAGAUGCGGGUAUAAAUCUGCAGCCCUCCACCCCAUUAUCGUCACGGAAACGAGUACGGCGACGGCUCAGUAGUUCUGAGGAAGAGGAGGAAGAGAAGGAAGAGAAUGAGGAAGAGGAGGAGAAACAACAGAGUGAUGAAGAAGAAAAGCCUCAGAAGAAAAGCAAAAAGGCCAAGAAAGCAAAAAACAAGACACCAAGGCGACCAAAGCCCAGGCCGUCCAUCAACAGGGAAGUCUCCAAUGAAUUCAGACCUUCACCGUGGAUCACUGAUGUCAUUCCCAGGAAGUCUCCUUUUGUUCCCCAAAUGGGUGAUGAGGUGAUCUACUUUCGGCAGGGACACGAGGCCUAUGUUGAAGCAGUGAGCCGGAGUGAACUGUAUCCCAUUAACUUAGAAAAACAGCCUUGGAAGAAACUGGAGCUGCGGGACCAAGAGUUUGUGAAGAUCACAGGGAUCAAAUAUGAAGUGUGUCCGCCAACUCUUUGCUGUUUGAAGUUGACUCUCAUCGACCACGGCACUGGGAAAAUCACUGACAAGUCAUUUUCUGUCAAGUAUCAUGACAUGCCUGAUGUGAUCGAUUUCUUGGUGUUGAGGCAAAGUUAUGACGAGGCUCUCCGGAGAAACUGGCAGCCAAACGACAGAUUCCGCUCAGUGAUAGAUGAUGCCUGGUGGUUCGGGACCAUCGUCUGUCAGGAGCCCUAUCAGCCCGAAUACCCAGACAGUCUCUUUCAGUGCUUUAAAGUCAGAUGGGACAAUGGGGAAACUGAGAAGCUGAGUCCUUGGGAUGUGGAGCCCAUUCCAGAUGAUGCCGAGCAACCUGAGACUGAAGGAGGUGGGAUCCCCGUGACAGCAGAGGAGAUGAGUGAACUGAUGUACAAGCCUCUUCCAGGAGAAUGGGGGGAGAGGAGCAGGGAUGAGGAAUGUGAACGCAUCAUAGCAGGGAUUGAACAGCUCCUUACUGUUGAGAUCGCAGGUCCCUUUUCUGGUCCUGUGGACUUAGUCCAGUAUCCCACCUACUGCACCGUAAUUGCCUACCCUACUGAUCUCGGCACGAUCAGAUUACGACUAAUGAACAGAUUCUACAGACGCCUUUCGGCAUUAAUUUGGGAUGCAAGGUAUAUUGCAUACAAUGCCCGCACUUUCAAUGAGCCAAGAAGCAAGAUUGCCCACUCUUCAAAAAUCAUCACAAAUGUUCUCCAGAAAUUUGUCAAUGAUCCAAGCUGCACAGAUAUCAUGGAGAUCUACAAUGCUGUUGAAGAGAUGGACGAUGAUGAAGAGGAGGAGGACACAGAGGCACCAGGAACCUCCACUGGACACAGACUGCGUCAGCGCUCAGCAGAGGUCCUGCCUGACAGAGACUCUUGGAAGGAGCAGUGUAAGAAUCUACUUAACUACAUAUUUGAAUGUGAGGACUCAGAACCGUUCAGACAACCAGUGGAUCCUCAAAACUAUCCAGACUACCAUGGCAUCAUUGAUACACCAAUGGACUUUGGGACGGUGAAAAGGACUCUGGAGGAAGACCACUACGAAAACCCCACAGAGCUGUGCAAAGAUACCCGGCUAAUAUUUGCUAAUGCUAAAGCAUACACACCGAAUAAACGUUCCAAGAUUUAUAGUAUGACUUUGCGGCUCUCUGCCUUCUUUGAAGAGCAAAUCAGAACGAUCAUAUCAGAGUACAAAACUGCUAUCAAGAGCAGUGAAAGGCUCCGUCGCAGCCAGAGGUUCCGCAAGAAAAUGCAGCAGCAGGAUCAGCCUGGCACAGCAAGUCAAAAGAGACCUGCAGUCAAAACUCAGGAAAAAGUGGAGACGACGUCAGUGACCAAAUCUACCUCAGCCAAAGUGUCUGUUCCAGAGAGGGCCAGGAGGAGUAGAGGCAGCAGCUCAGGGCACAGCUCCUCCGAGGACGACUCCGGCUCCAAAGCUGCUUCAUCAACAUCAGAGUCCGACAGUGAGAGUGAGCUAAGUGAGUCGGAAGAGGACAAACGUCGUGGUUCAUCAAGGCAACAUCAACGCAGGCAGAAAACAAGAGUUACAAGAAGCAAACGUGCCAAGCAGAGGAAAAGAGUUGCAAGUGACAGUGAUGACAACGAAGAGGAGGAAGAAGAAGAGGAGGAGGAAUUUGACAGUGAAGGUAAAGAGGCAGAGGAUGGAGAGGUGUCCUCCCAGUCUUCAGGUUGUCGCUAUCCCAGCAGAACAAAAAACAGUAGGAGUACACGGCUGACAAGACACAGCACUGCAGCAGACAGGAAGAGGACAGAGAGCAGAACAGAGAUGAAUGGUCAUGGCAGCAGAACGUCUCGCAGGGAGAGACGUCACCACCGUGACUCUGACAGAACUACGUCCCAGGGCUCGGACAGAGAAGAGGAGGAUGAGAUCACAGUUCGUAGGUCACUCAAGAGAAAGACAGCGCGGGCAGCUGUGAAUAAGAUUAAACUUCUUGAAGCAUCAGAGGAGGAGGAGGAGGAGGAGGAGAAGAAACCUACAAGGAGUAGUAGCCGCCUUCGCCACACAGGUCGGGCCAGUAAACGCACAGCAGUGAUCCAGAGUAGCUCUGAUUCAGAUGAAGAGCCUUCAACGCGAGCCUUUCAGAAGACAAAUAAGACAGCUGAUGAGUCCAAGGAUGAAGAGGAUGGGAAUUACAGUGAUGCUUCAUCCUCUUCUCACAAUCAGCAGAAUGGAGAUGCGAGCUCCACCAAACAGAGGCCACAUUCUGCAAAAACUAAAGAUUCUUUCUCCCGUCUUAAUGGACACAUUUCGAAACAUCACAAGUCUGAUAGCAACUCUGAGCAAGAGGAGGAGGAGAGCUCUGGAGAAGCUGAGGAGGGACGGUCCGCGCCAUCUCAGAAACCCUCUAGAAGCACAGUGAAAAACAGAAUUAAAAGUGAGGAGGAAGAGCAGGAAGAGGACGUUGAACACAGAGCCACACGACACAAACCUCCUGUAAGCUCAGAUGAAGAGGGCAAAGAACAUAAUUCCCUGAAACACUCGCAUCAAAAUGGAAGAAAUGUCGAGGAAUCUAUGUUCAAGGACUCAAAGAAAAAGAGUAAAGUUUCAUCAUCAAAAAGCCAAGACCAACAAAAAUCUGCCUCAGUUAAUAAACAGGAAGGUGCAGAAUCAGAGGAGCUCAGUGAUACUCCAAAGAGAUCUAGCACACAUGUGAAAAAGAAGAAAAAAGAUCAAGAAUGGGAAAUAGAAAGCAAUCACUCCAGUGAUGAAUUUGAAACAAAGAUAAAGAGGCCAAAAAGAAAUAAGAGCAAAUCUAAACGGCCUCUGGGUGAAACUUCUGCCUCAGAGAGUUCUGAGCAGGAAUACAAACCGAAGAGGAAGUCGAGGAGGAAACACUCCACUGGCUCAUCAGACGAAGAAUCAGAUAAUUCAGACAAUGCAGCAAGCAGACGGCCAAGACUCCGCAAUCUGCCCAAAAAGAAAUACAUCAGUGACAACUCACUUUCUGAGGAAGACUCUGCCUCUGGGAGCCGGAGUAAACACAGAAAUGGUAACAAAUCAGCCACAGCAUCUCGGGAAGUGAGGUAUAAAAAGCAGGAGCCUGACAGAACCUCUCCCAGUGAAACCAGGAAUCAGCUGUCUUCCAAGAGAAAACGUAUUUACACCUCAGACUCCGAAGAUGGAGAGGAGAACAGAGAGGAGCCGCCAGUGAGCAAGAAAAAUAAAAACAGCAGGUCAGACUCCUCCAAACACCCCAAGAAGGGUGACAACAGCAUUGAGGAAGACACUACUAACCAGUCCGAUUCCAGUGAAGAGGAAGAGGAGGAAAAUGUAGGUCGUUCAAAGAGGGGGAAGAAGAAUACGGGGCGGCCAAAACGUAAGGGAAAGGAAAGCUACAGCAGCAGCAAUCACAGUUCUGACUCGGAAAGCGAGCAGUCUUCUUCAUCCUCUGAAAACUCAUUUGCCAGCUCAGGGUCCCGCAGCAGUCCAAAGAGGAAAAGUCACAGACGGUCUGGGAUUGGUGAAAGGACAACCAGUCGCCAACAAAGGCAGAGCCGCAAACAGGCUGCCUCGGAGGAAGAGGAAGAGAGUGACGAGUCGUACGGCAAACGACGAAAUAGACGUGUGAACACCCGGAACAGGGGCAAACGGACGGUAAAUUAUAAUGACAGUGAAUGAAGGACUUAGCAGCUGGAGCUAACGGCUUUAGAGAAAAGACGGACAUUAAAUGAAGACCUUAAAGACACUUGAUGGCCACAUUAUGGUAGUAGCACUGGAGUCCUCGAGAGAAAAUGCUGUGAAUCUGUUUCAUUCAGGGAUAUUUAUAUUUUCUAUGAAAAACAUGUUUAUAGAUGGAAUACAAAUUCAAGCAUUUGAACUGCUGGUUUUCACAAGGAUACAGAGCAAAACCCCACCUCCCAUACUGCUUGUUGCGAUUUGUCCAGCAGAGUAACCAUUCUGGGGAAUCUUGUCAGCUUGGGUGCUAACUAAUAUACCUCUGUUUAAUCAAGCAUAUUGCUGGCUUGCACUAAAAUACACUGUACUGAGGUAUUUCAUACACUAGUUUUGCAUUAGAAACUCAGGGGUCAACUACGUUUACUGUAGUCUCAGACAUGCAGUUGUUUUUUUGAGCUAAGAGCUAAAAAACAAUUCCAGGUCAGCAGAUGUCCAAGCACACUCACUGGGACAAAACGAAUUCACGUUCAGACUUUUGACUACAGCACUCCUUUGUAAAUCCACUCACAUAAUGCUUGACUGUAUUAUGAGUUGAUAUGAGCCAAAUGAAAAAAGUUCUUUUCCCCAUACCAUUUCAUUUUUUUUUAUUAUUAGUUUUGUGUUGUAUUCUAGUGAAUCAAUGUAAAUAUGUGAUUGAGAAUGACCUUGUCUGAGAGGUGUGGCGAUCAGUCAGUAGCAAAGUGUUUAUUUAAUUUUUACAUUUGAGGUUUUUUUUUUUUCCUUUUUUUUUUUUUUUUGUACAUUUAACUGCAUUGUCUUGCCAUAUGUCACAAAUUGGUACCUUUUUGCCAAGUACAAGUAACCAAAAGUACUUAUUGCAAAAUACUGUGAUUUCUCAUAUUGGGAAGACCUUUUAUUGUUGUCCUGUGUUACCUUUUUGCAGUAUUAAAUUCUUUUUCAGAGUUGACUCAAAAUAUGUUGCCAGUCACAUGGUUUAGUUUUGUUUAUGGGGAGGUUUCUAAAUACAGUCGCUUUAUGAAAAUUUGCUUAAUGUUUUUCGUACUACAUCUUUAAUAAAACAGAUUUCACAGGAAAACUGUUGAAGCAAUGUGGUUGUGGAGUGCAAUGAAUGAGUUAUUCCUCUUAUUAAUAAAGACAUUUCACAGUGUA